GCUGUCGCGUGAGUCGCGUCAUAUUGUUGACAGUUCUCGGAGAAAGCAAGCUUCCUGCAGCUGUUGCAAGAAACAAACGCUCUUUCUCGUUAGAGCUUUUCGACUGUUUAUUUUCAUUAAAAUAUUUACAUAUUUGCACGUAGAUAGUGAUUUGUGUAAUCAAUCUAGUAAGGCUGCAGCCCGCACGAGUUUCGUUUGCAGCAGUUGAUCGCAGAACAAAGAAAAUGAGGUCAUUUUCCACCUGAGUAAUCGCACGCUCACCCCUGGCUAAAUGCCAAUCGUAUCGUCGCCGUGAGAAUUCCAGAAGCAACAGCGUUAAAUGGAUAGAGGAAGAAACAGGCGGGAACCAGAAAGCGUUGCAUCAAUUGUCAUGCAGAAAUCGCCAUCUUUUCCAUUGACGUUUUCUCCUCGAAACCGGUCGAAAGAAAACGUUGUUGAAAAGAUAUCUGAGAAACGAAUCCUAGGUAUACAUCGUAUUGGAAGAUCACAAAUAACAACGAUGAAUGGGAAGAGACCGUCCUCGAUCCCAUCACGACAUCAAUCGGAAACAGUAGCUCAACAUUUUGACUUAAUUAAAUACAUUUAUGACUCAUGGAACACAGUAUCCAGAGAGUUAGAUAUGUGUCACAAUCAACUGCACAGCAAUUCCUCCAAUUCAAGGAAUGGAGCAUCCGUGACAUAUUAUCAAGAACGAGAACCAAAUCCACAACUGAAAGACUUUGAACCAUUCAACCUGGAAGCCUGGUGGGGACAGCGUGUCGUUCAAAGUAUUACUAGGAACGCGAAUUCCUAGUGCCAGGCUCAACACAUGGAUUACAAUCGAACAUUCUCAAAUAGACAUAAGAGACAGAAAGGAUAAAUUCAGAGCUGCCGAACAUUUUUUUUUCCAUUUCUAGAACAAUUUACUGCGUAUGCGAAAAAUAAGUGACGCGAAGAGGGUAGUAUAGGUAUAAAUAAGUAUUUAGCAAUCAAUCUUGGAUCUUUUUGAUAAAUAUUAGCGGAUAAUCAAAGAUGAAGGCGGAACGAAGAGAAAGGGAAAGAGCAGGGUUACCGAAACAUGCGCAUUAAUAUGAAAAUGACAUUCCUUUAAAUAUUUUAUCAUGUUUUAAUGUAAUGUCGCCCUUCCCUGGACAUUUUCACUCGUCGUGUUUUUAAAGAGAUUUUACGUAAGAAUCGAAACCUAGCUGUUACUAACACUGUCUUUUUAAGAGAUUCGCGAUUCAACGCGACAAUUAAAUGAUUAAGAUACAUAGUGCAUGCUGAAACUAUUUAUUUUAUUUGCCAAAAAUAAGCGAAUGUAAUUAUAAACGCUAGCGUAUCGUAAAUCAGAUUUUCAUAAUUAUUUAAUGAGAACCUUAGAGUAACGCAUCUUUUUAUGUCUUUGUAAUUAAACCUUGAUAUACGGAGUGUUGAAUCGAGAGGAAACGUCGUGUAAAAAUUCUAUAUAUUUCAACCGAAGGAAUUAUAUGAAAAGGAGUUGAUCUACCUUUUAAGGUUUAUGCAUAAAUGUAUUUUUUCACAAAUUGCAUUUCACAUUUUUAAUAUAUUUUCCAUUUACACUGCGAGAGGAGAUCAUACGCAAAUGUAAAAAUGAAACGAGUCACUAUGCUUUUGAGAUUAAAACGAAGUUUAUUCACGUACGAGAAUGUAGUAGAAUGCACUUUUACCUUCGACGAAAUGAAAAUAUUUAAAUCAUACUCAAAAUAGCGCGGUAGAUAAUUUUCAAUACAACUAAAUAUAUAUGAUUAUGUACAUUAACUAUGUAUGUAUGUAUGUAUGUAUGCAAUGUACAUCUGUGCGUGUAUAACUAUUCUCAUCUCAUAACAUUUUUAACGAUAAGACAUAACGACAGUUAACAUUUUUCUAAUCUCGUGGACAUGUUUGCCAAUUACUCCUAUUGGUAUUUUUUUAUGUACGAUUGAACGACAAGAGUAUUACUACAAUUAGAGUGACAGCAUCUAGUUUUAAAGAUUAGCUACGAACGUCGUUGUAAUGUUAGGGAUUCAUGCACUUCGUAAAACUAUAAGAAUCGCCGUGCACAGUGUUACUGAGACAACACUUUGAUACAAUUUACUAUCUCGCCAUCGCUAAGUAAACACGAGUUUCUACUGAUCAUGGUCUGAGCCUGAUUUAAUGCGUUGAACUUUAAAGCCUGAACGGUUCGUUCCAAAUUACGGAGACUUCUUUCUAUCGCACGUUUCUCGCUAUUGAGCAUCUAUAUUUAACCAAGGAAACAAAGUUUACAUUUUGUAUCAGCUGUUCUUACACAAUCGAUGUACGUUUUUCAAUAGUAUUGUACGAAAUAUAGCGUAAGCAUAUAAACAGACAACAGUGUUGUGGUUCCCGCGUUCUUUUUAUAACACAGGUUACGAGACCUUUGAGUAUAAAUUGCGUGUGUAACGAAAGCGCGUACAACGUUUACAACUAAUAAAAUAUACGAAAAUGAAUUCGCUCGGUUUUUGUCACUUUUUAUAAACAACGGAUGUGCAAUAUUUUUAAUAAAAGCUCUGGAGUUUGAAA